AUACUAGUGACUGCUGUUAUCAAGAUGGCGCUGCGGCCAGGGUCUGGAGGAGGCAGCAGCUUUAUGUUUCCUGUUGGAGGGGGCCUGGGACCUCCACAAGGAAUGGUCCCCAUGCAGCAACAGCAGCCACAGCAAGGCUUCCCGAUGGGUCCUGUCAUGCAGCCGAACAUGCAGGGCAUGAUGGGAAUGAACUUUGGGGGACAAAUGCCCCCAGGUGCCAUUCCUAUGCAGGGUGGGAUGGCGAUCGGGAUGCAGACCCCCGGGAUGCAGUUCUUGGGUCAACCGCAGUUCAUGGGCAUGAGACCCGCUGGACCACAGUUCACCGCUGACAUGCAGAAACAAAUGGCUGAGGAGCACCAAAAACGUUUGGAGCAGCAGCACAAGAUGCUGGAGGAGGACAGAAAAAGAAGACAAUUUGAAGAGCAGAAACAAAAGCUGAGGCUGCUGAGCAGCGUCAAACCCAAGACGGGGGAAAAAAGUCGAGACGACGCCUUGGAGGCAAUCAAAGGGAACUUGGACGGGUUUAGCAGGGAUGCAAAAAUGCAUCCAACUCCGUCAUCUCAGACCAAGAAGCCAGACUCAUCGCCAUCACACCCGUCUGUCACCACUCAUUCCUUCCCCUCUGCUUUGACUGAGGAUAAUGAUGAGUUUAGUGACUUUCAGGGGCCUUUAGACGCCCCCGCCUCCUUUCCUGCACCCACCUCCUCCUCUUCCGACUUCAGCCUCUCCUCACAGGCCCACGUUCAGCCCUCGUCCUCUGCCAGCAAAGGUUUUGAUGAGGACAAUGACGAGUUUAGUGACUUUGUUCAGGGACCUGUAAACACUUUUAGUUCCUCUAAUGUCCACCUCUCCUCUCAAGCCCAACCAUCAUUCCCUUCCUCACAACCCCCCACCACCUCCCACCACUCUGCUGUCAUCAGCUCACAGCCUACGUUUCAAGGCCCGUCCCUGGAAGAGAAGCUGUUCUCCUCGUGCGAUCUUACCGCUGAUAAAACGGCUCAUGUUAGCUUUAAAUCCAAGCAAAGUUUGGCUCAAAUGACUCCCGGGACUAAAGUUUCAUCCCAGUUUCAUGCCAGCCCUAAAGCCAGGAACUGGGCUGCAGCCCCCGAGGACUUGAGUUCUGCCUUUGUCACAGAAAACCUGCGAGAAGCCCCGGUGUCUGCACCCUGCCUCCCCCCGUCAGCCGCGGGCCUGUCUGGUGACAGUGGCGGCGUUGCAGUGUACCCACAACAAGAGCACAUCCAGUCCUUGCUGCCAUCCUGGAUUUACAACGACAGCCUCGUCCCCGACAUGUUUAAGAAGGUUCUUGAGUUCACGAUGACUCCAGCAGGGAUAGACACAGCCAAGCUCUACCCAAUAUUAAUGUCAUCGGGCCUUCCCAGAGAAGCACUGGGGCAAAUCUGGGCGUCAGCCAACCGCACAACGCCUGGCAUGCUGACCAAGGAGGAGCUGUACACUGUGCUGGCACUAAUUGGCGUGGCGCAGAGUGGCCUCCCAGCCAUGAAUGUGGAAAUCCUCAGUCAGUUUCCCUCUCCACCUGUGCCCAACCUGCCAGCCUUGUCAUUGGCCAUGGCCCCCGUCAUGCCCCAGCACCAGCAGCCCAUAAUGACCCAGCCCCCAGUCUCCAUGUCCAUAGCAGCUCCGGUCAUGGCUAUGGCACCCACCGCACCUGCACAACCAGCUGCUAACACAAAUUUCAUUGCUUCUUUCCCACCUGCACAGGCGACCAAAAUCGAGGAUGAUGAAUUCCAGGACUUCCAGGAGGCUCCAAAAGCAGGAACGGGAGACCAAGCCUUCACAGAUUUUCAGGAGUCUGGAGGAGGUUUUCCCAGUAGCAGUGUGCACCAAAACAGCACACCUGCCAUGCUGACUCCAGUGUCUGGUUCCUCCUCUUCCUCGUCCACCGAUAAGUACGCUGUGUUCAAGCAGCUGUCUGUGGAUCAGCCUGCAGAGCCCACGCCUGCCUCAGAUGUUGGAGAUAAAUACAGUGUAUUCAGACAACUGGAACGACCUGCUGACAAGAAACCAGUCGGGGAGGGAUUUGCAGAUUUCAAGUCUAUCAGCACCGAUGACGGCUUCACAGACUUUAAAACCGCCGACAGCGUCUCUCCACUAGAGCCGUCCGAUCAGGCCAAGAUCUUUCAACCUGCCUUUCCCUCUGCUUUCCCAAACUCUCAGACUCUACAACUUUCACAGCAGCAGCCAGCAGUGUCUGUUUCUCAGAAAAUCCCCCAAAAUCCCCUCAACAUGGCCGACCUGGACCUUUUCUCCUCCAUGGCUCCCUCCGUUCCUGCCCCCACUGAGGCGAAACCCAACACAUUCCCCUCUGUAUCUGUGCCCCCGUCUUUAGUGCUCCUGCCUGGUGGGGCCAAACUUCCAGGAGGAGGCACAGAUGAUUUUGGUGACUUUGCCCUCUUUGGCUCUUCUUCUGACACCACUCAAGCUUCAGCACCAGGAGGAGCUGCAGCACCUCAGGAUGACUUUGCAGACUUUAUGGCGUUUGGCAGUUCUAGUGGAGAGCCAAAAGGCGAGAACAGCACGGGGGUCCAAUCGGAGACCUCCACAAAACAGCCUCAGCAGAGCUCUGACAAGUACGAUGUGUUCAAACAACUGUCUCUGGAAGGAGGCCUUUCCUACGACGACACAAAGGAGAGCGGUGGCGGCUCCUUCUCUUCCCUCAAGAGUGACACGGAUGACUUUGCUGACUUUCAUUCGUCAAAAUUCUGCACGGCACUCGGUGCUUCAGAAAAGACUUUGGUGGACAAGGUGGCCGCUUUCAAACACGGCAAGGAAGACUCCGCCUCCGUCAAGUCCCUCGACCUCCCGUCCAUCGGCGGGAGCAGCGUGGGGAAGGACGACUCCGAGGAUGCGCUCUCGGUGCAGCUGGACAUGAAGCUGUCGGACAUGGGAGGAGAACUGAAGCAUGUGAUGUCAGACAGCUCUCUGGAUUUGCCAGGCCUCUCGGCCCACCAGCCCCCAGCUACAGAAGGAGACGAGAUGAAAUUUGAUCCGUUUGGAACGUCGGGUCUCAGCAGUCUGGCCAACUACGACUGGUCAGAGCGCGAGGAAAGUCAGAAUGAGCUCAGGAGGUCACAGGGCUUGGAAGGAGCUUCUUUUCCAUCCUUAGUCCCAUCACAGAAGACGGAGCUUAGCUUCGGCAGCACUGAAAACAUCCCAAACAGUUCUGUGGCAAAGAUCACCACCUCCCUAACCACAGAGAAGAGCUCGUCUGCGGGAGACAAGUUCGAGGCCUUUGCCGACUUCGGCUCCGCUGACCGAGGCAGCGCCAGCGACGAUUUUGGAGACUUUGCCAGUACCGUUUCUGGAAAGUCCAACUUGCCUGCUGUCACUGCAGAGGCGGGAUCUGAAGGAGCCCAAACUGAGACUUCAGAAGAGUUUGGUGCCUUCCAGGGGGACAAGCCUAAAUUUGGCAAGUCGGACUUUUUGAAAGCCAGCGCUCAGACCAAAGUCAAGUCCAGCGAGGAGAUGAUCAAGAACGAGCUCGCAACCUUUGACUUAUCUGUUCAAGGUUCCCACAAACGCAGCCACAGUUUGGGCGAGAAAGAGAUCGGACGUUCUCCUCCGUCUCCAGCUCCAGAGCAGCCUUUCAGGGACCGAUCCAACACCCUGAACGAGAAGCCCACCCUGCCCGUCAUCAGGGACAAGUACAAAGACCUGACAGGGGAGGUGGAGGAAAGUGAGCGUUAUGCAUACGAGUGGCAGAGGUGUUUGGAAAGUGCUCUGGAGGUCAUCACCAAAGCGAACAACACCCUGAACGGGAUCAGCAGCUCGUCUGUCUGCACCGAGGUCAUCCAGUCUGCUCAGGGCAUGGAGUACCUGCUGGGCGUGGUGGAGGUGUACCGUGUCACCAGGCGAGUGGAGCUGGGCAUCAAGGCGACGGCGGUUUGCUCAGAGAAGCUGCAGCAGCUGCUGAAGGACAUCAGCCGCGUGUGGAACAACCUCAUCAGCUUCAUGUCGCUGGCCAAGCUCGUACCUGAUGAAAGCUCCCUGGAUUUCUCCUCCUGUAUUCUGAGGCCCGGCAUCAAGAAUCCCAAAGAGCUGGCUUGUGGAGUUUGUCUGCUCAACGUUGACGCUCGCAGCAAGAAGAGGGAAGGAAGCGCUAUUGGACGUCUGAUUAAAAGAGCUUUCAACUCGGAGACGGACAACUUCAAGCUGUUGUACGGGGGCCACCAGUACCACGCCAGCUGUGCCAAUUUCUGGAUUAACUGUGUGGAGCCCAAACCUCCGGGCCUCAUCCUGCCUGACCUGCUCUGAGCUGCCAUGGCAACAGUGAAGGAGAUUAUUAACUUCAAGCAGGCGGAGUGGCUGGUCGCAUCACGCUGAGAACGAAAGGAAGGACGUUUAAAGUCACUGGAUCCUGUUGUAUUCUUCUUCUGUUUUAAAUCUUGACACGUGUUUCCUUCUUUGCAGAUUUUACCCUCUUAUCAGCUCUUUCAUACAGAUCACUUAGACGGUUGGGGACGUCACAUUUAAAUUACUAAUGCUGCUUUAUUUUAUCUGAUGAUCACUGCCCAGUAAGGUAAUAUUAAAAAUAUUUAACACGGUUGUAUUUAAAUGAUUAAAUGGUGCAAUAGCAUUAAGAACACUGGCUAAU